AUGGGCGGAUUAAAACAAGCCGUCACGCGGCUUAAGAUGCUCCUGAUUCGCAUACCUCUGUUAUUGAAGACGCUGGUCCUACACGGCAUUCACAUGUCCCCUAUGUCAGGGAAACAGGAUCUGCGUACUGAGCUUCUCACGGUGCUCAUUCGCUCAUUCGUUACGGGCGAGGACACAAUUCUCAAGACGCAAAAAGGCAGUAUGCGUGACCCUGGUAUUCGAGGCCCAAUGUGGAUCUCCAAGGUCACUCUGCCGCAACCAGAGUUCGAUGUGCGCGAUGCGGUUCUCCGUGCGAUUGAAGAACUCGGAAAUGGUCAAGAGACUUUUCAUACGCCUGCUGUUGCUGCUGUUGAAGCCGAAUGGACCGGAUAUCGUAGUGGGGUCGAUAAGAAAGCCCCCCAACCUGAUAUCUCGGAGGAAGAGAAAUAUCACAGGUUGCGCAAGGAGAUCACCUCAGAUAUCACAAUCUUAUAUUUCCAUGGCGGCGCGUACUUCCUAAUGGACCCAUGCACCCACCGGGUACCCGUUGCGCAUGUUUCGCGGCAAACAGGCGCCCCUGUCUUCUCAGUACGAUAUCGCCUGGCUCCGCAGAAUCCAUUCCCAGCAGCACUCGUCGACGCUUUAACAGCGUAUCUUUCACUGAUACACCCACCUGAAGGUUCCUUGCACAAGCCUGUACCAGCUAACAAGAUCGUCAUAGCCGGCGACUCAGCCGGAGGCAAUUUAUCAUUUGUACUAUUGCAAACUCUUCUCACACUCCGACGUGUCUCCCGAUCCGUCCGUUUCCACGGCAAGGAUGUAGACAUUGAAUUGCCCGGCGGAGUGGGAGGAAUCUCUCCAUGGUGCGAUGUCACGCUGUCGAUGCCAUCAAUUGUAAAGAACAGGCAAUUUGACUAUAUGGACAUCCGCCCAGGACGAGUUGAUGAGCCGGACUUUUCAAUCCCCUUUCAAUCCCACCCCUUCCCAUCAGAUGCAGCAUGGCCAGUUUCACCACCCCGCGUCGACCUAUUCUGCAACGCAAACGCAAUGUCACAUCCCCUCGUCUCGCCAAUUGCUGCUAAUCCCGAAUUAUGGAAAGACUCCCCGCCUGUCUUCAUUUCUGUUGGCGAAGAGUGUCUCACUGAUGAAGGCUUGAUUCUGGCGCGGCGUAUGCAUCAGGCAGGGGUACCUGUUGCUGCGCAGAUGUUCGAGGGUAUGCCACACUGUCAUGGAAUAAUCAUGAUUUCGACGCCGACCGGUAAGAAGUUUUGGGAUGGGCUUUGUGGAUUCUUUCGCGAUGUUGAUAUGUCUCGGGUUACACGAAGUGGGCAUCUGAGACACCAUGCAUUCAAGCUGCGGAGCGAGCGCGAUAUCCCUCUAGAGAAGGCUUGUGACGUUGGCGAUGAUGAGGUUGAGGAAAGACUUCGCAAACACACAGGUUGGAGAUUGGAGACUGAGAAUAAGAUGCAAAGAGAAUGGCGGGAACGAUCACGUUUAUGA